AACCCCAACCCUAAUCUGUCUCACUCAUAAAUAAUGUUGACUGUGAAUUAAUUUUGCAAUUCAAUACUAAAUCAGCCUCCUUGUUUUUGCAAGCUCCAUGAACUUGUUUCGGUUUACUUCCUGACUGAUCUUCCUCCUCCCCAGCCCUGUUUUUUUUUUUUUUAAAUCUGUUAUAUUCAGGCCUUGUCUUUGCAGCAUCUGCCUCCCCAGUAUCAUUCUUUCAACCCCAGAUGGAGUCAUGGCACAUUGACUGCAAGUUUAUUAUGUGUGCAAUACAAUAUUAUGUGUGCAAUGCAAUGCAAUACUUGUGUAAACGCUGAGUCAAACUGAAUAAAGAUACUUUAUUCCUUAGUAACCACGUGCUUGGUGAGGAUUGCAGCCUUAGGCUGCUUUAGCUACUGCAUUAACAGGAAAUCAGCGUCCUCGAGUGUCUUUAAAUGCUGUUUUCUAGUGACAGUGCUCAUCCUACAUGUUUGAUUAAACAUCCCAAGACUGUGUCAACACAAAAAACCAAGCACAAAACCCAAACAAAAUUAUAGUAAAAAUAAAACCCCAUCCAAGAAUCUUCCGUUUGCUGGUGAGGCAAGAAUGAGGGGCCAAAUCUGAAUCUUCAAAUCCAAAGGGAAUUAUGCUUUCCACAUCCUAGCUGUUCAAAUCUCUUGAAGGCAAUGUGGCCUCAUGUGCACAGAUCGAAUUAUCACAUUUUUAUGUGUAUCAUCAGUGAGGAAUUUAUGAAUGCCAUGACUUACAAGACAAAAACAAGUGUUCUAUUUUGGUUAAUCUGUUACAUGGCAGUAGAUUUUGGAUAUUACUUACCUUGCCUUUUUUUUUUUUUAAUGUUUACCCAGACUGCAAAGAAUUGAUAAGGAAGAUAAUUUCGGAGAACCCCAAAUUUAAAAUAUAGUUGUUCUAGGAUUAACCUAGAGGUUGAAUGGUAAACUGUCUUGAGUUGCAGUUAGGAUUUUAUAACAGUAAAGAUAACUCUUUGUUAGUUGUCUUGUGCAUUAGGUACUUCUAAAUGCCAGACUUGCCUAUAUCCCUAAAUACACUUCUGAAUAUUUCUCAAAACAUUUGAAUUUGUAAUAUCCACUUAGCAGAUCUAGCUGUUACUCAAUUUCCACAUUAAAACAAGAAAUUUUCGAAUUGCCCUGGUGUGGCUGUGUUCAGGAGUGUCUAGCAGAAUAAUAUAUUAAUUGUAAGAGCAUAUAUUGCAUCAUGAAAAUGAGAAGAACAUAGAGACCAUGGUGUGAUCUGCCGUUCCGGAGGCUUCAUUGACUGUGGGGGGGAAUCUCAAAUCUUAAUUCAUGGAUCAGAUUAAAAGGGCAAAGUUAUAGAGGGUGAAUACAUCCUAAAAUGUGUUAAAGUAAUAUUAACAUUUGUUUUCUUUUAAUUUAUUGCAAACAUUAAGUCUGGUGGCAAAAAGAGAACUAAACAACUGAGACUACAGAAAGAAGAAGAAGAAAGGAGGCUGAAAGAGGAAGAGGAAGCUCGAUUGCAAGCUCAGCAAGAAGAAGCAGCGAGACUUGAAAAGGAGAGAAUUGUACAAGAGCAGAUGGAAAAACUCAAGGCAAAAGAUCAAGAACGAAGGGAGUCUGAACUAGCAGAACUUCAUUCACUGGAACAGAAGUUUUUGUCUGCACAGCAGUGGAAAAAAGAUUAUAGGGAAAAUGCAAAGUGGGAGCACUACCUCAGUUGUGAUGGAAGUCCUGACCCAACGGUACUGCCGGAAAUAAAUACUUUCAUGAGCUUAUGGCGUGAAGAUCAAAAUGAGGACAUUCAGCUUGUGAUGGAGAAGGGAGAACAUGUGCUAAAUUUAAUUGAGAAGUUGCAGUUUCUUUUAUUGGACACACCACCAAAUGAGAUAACAGAAAAAGAAACACUCCAGUACCAGGAAUCUAUUCUGGAACUGCAGAAUCUGCUUCAUCAGAAGUACAAUGGAGCUACAGAGCACCUCCUGAAAACAGCUAAUAUGUAUGAAGAUUCUGAAUCCGGAAAUAUGCAGGCAGUCAUAAAGGAUAAAAACGUUACUUUCUGUAUUUGGGCCAAUAUGAAGAAGAAAGUGAGGUUCAAAAAUCACGUGUUUUGUGAUGUGAAGCAUGGAUUUGAUCUUCCAAAGUCACUGGCUGUGAGCAGUGUUGCUAUUCGCAUAUUGCAUACUCAUUAUGAUCAUGUGUCUCCACUUUGGCUACAGUGUCAGAGUGUGCCGAAAUUGGAAGUCCUAGCUAGUGAAGAGUUAACUCAGCAUUCAAAUGACAAUGUAGAAAAACCAGUAGAAGAGGAAAAGAAAGCCAGAGAAGAGCCCAACAUGCCCACUGACAAAGAAAUGUGUUCUGAUGGGAGAAAGAGUGCUACCUCUUUCAAAGAAACCACCAGCAUAGCUGGUAUAAGUGAGACAGAGGAGGAAAUUGAGAAGAAAUCAGAAAUCUUGGACAUACUCUCACAAGGUCAGGAUCCACCGAUGCAGGAAAAUACAAAUGAAAAGGAAGAGGCGUUAACCGCUGAAACCAUUGUUGAUUUGCAACAGUUUGUCCCAGUGGGUGGUGUGUACCACAUCGACGCACUACAGCUUCCACCUCAGGUCAAAAAAGUCAAGGACUGGAAUAUGGUGGAGGUACUCGCCGUUGGAUUGGAGUCAUACACAUAUCCCCCAGAAGAGGCUGAAGAUGCCACACAUCCACCCAUACAGAUCACCCUUGGGCUUUCUGAUGAUGUGAUAUAUUUUAAGGAUCCUGUGAUAGCCCGAUGGGAUCCUGCAGGCCAACAGUGGAGAACUGAUGGUAUCAGCAACAUAACAUAUAAAACACAAGAAAAGAGUCUCACCUUUGAGAUGGACGCCUUUUACACAGUAGCCCUUCUCCAGGAUGCUCAUUGCCACAUGCUCUAUCAGGCAUGGGAACUGCGACCUACUGGUAUGGAUGAAGCACUCCUUAUAGUUACUACAGUCUUUGCAACAAUUCAGAUACAAAUUAAGGAUAAUCAGUGUAUGUUGUCUUCAGUAGUGGUGGAAGAGAAAGAUGUGCUUUCCCACAUGACAGGAAAAUGGAUAAGUCCACUUGACCUAAGAGCAGGUUUGAAAAAGGCUGGUGUGAAUAUUUUCCCAGGAGAGCAUUCCCACAAGUAUGUCUCUGUGAAUAAGAAGGCUCCCCUAGCAGAGGAUAGGGCAUAUCAACAGAUGGCACUGGUUGCAUCUGCUUUUGCUUUUGCCUGGAGCAAGUGGAAUCUAGAAGCAGGUCGAGAGAAAGUAGUGUUCAAGGUAAGUGAGCAUCUUAAGGCAGAUUCUAUCGAAGACAAAGACUGGUCUCUUUACAUGUUUAAUGGUGAGAAAGCACAGAAGCUCAAGAUCACUGAAACCAGUGAAGCUUUUUCAGAAGAGCUAGAAGAUGAUUCUGAAUUUCACUCCACACUCUACCAUAUGCUUAAAGACUUUGCCAGCAAAGAAGCAAUGGAUAAGGUGGAAGCAGCAAGUGACCUGUUUAUUGAUGUUGUGUAUCAGCUACUCCUGGCUACGAGAGUUUUAACAUACUCUUAAGUACUGCGUGCUUUCCUUUUAAACUUUAUUAUCAAAAGCUUUCAAUAAAGUUACAUUUCAAGUCUUGAAUCCUUUUCAGUUCAAAUCAUUGGAACAGCUUCCAUGACUAAAAUGCAAAUAAAGUUCAAAAAUAAGUUUU